UGCUGCAACAGGGUAUUUGUUCUGACAAACGAUCCGAUCACAAGAAUCAUGGAUAUCAAUAUUAUUUGGCUACUUGUUUACACAUCAAUCAACAAUAUCAUCUCGGCAAACGGUUUUAAGAUUAAGACGACCAUGUUUCGAAUGCAUCGUAGUAAACAACAUGAUGUACGUGAAUGUGCAAUGGAAAUUCUAAGCAACGAUACAAUUGUUGGCGGACACAUAUCUGAUCUCUCGGGAAAAUGCGAGACACUGACGGGUCCAUUGAACGAGCAGCAAACUUUGGAAACUGGAUACGGAUAUGUAGAAAAAAUUAACUUCAAACAAGUAUUUCAACCACCGGUUUCAUCUUCCGAUGGACUGCAAAUAAACUUCCCUAGACCUCCAAUAAUGGGGUCUAGGGUGGACUUCAAUUUCGUUCGAACGCCACCUGCAUCUUACACUAUGCAGUUACGUGGGCAUGGUAUCCAUAGCUACAGGAUGUUCAGUCUGAGGGUUGAUGAAAACGUGCCGUCUUGCAAUUUAAGAGUUUCUAGUUUGACGGCUGGACAAAACGAUAUAAAUAAGCAAUUUCCUUUUGAGUGGCAAACCUUGUGUCCAUUGGAUGAAUGCCGAAUUUCAUUCAUUGUCCAAGACAAACAGAUACAGGUCUUUGCAAACGACGUUAAGAUACAGUAUGAUAAUGUUGAAGUGGAGUGGACAUUUGUCAGACAGUUGAGACAAGCCAUUAUUUACACAUCUUCGUCCUCAACAAUCAAAAGUUUCGUGUUUACAAUUUAAUAAAAGAAAAACCACGAUUAUCAGAUGAUGUCUACAUACUGUUGACGAUACAAACAUUAAUUUAUCAAUUUCAAAUGGAUUUUAUUGCUUGUAUUUUCAUCUUCAAAGAUCCACAUACUGUAGUAAUAUCUUAUUGCUUAUCUAUAGAUAUCAUCGCACUUUGGUCUUUAAAGUGCAUUUGUAUGACCAAAAAAUAUACUUAUAAAACAGAAGAAGAAAAAAAUGCUAGAUAACGCCCAAAACGACUAAAAUGAAACUGUUACAGAACAGAACAGAACAUAACUUUUAUUUCUUUGAUUUGUACAUAGUACAUCAUCAUACACAUCAUAUAAUUUCAGAGUAAUAAAUACAUUUCAGUGCGAGCAAUCAAUGCAAUAAUAUAAAAGACAAAAAUCAUGCUAAUAUUCAAACAUAAUUAAGCCUCAGUUAAACGAGGAUGAAAAUAUCAACAAAUAUUUUUCUUACAGGCUCGGUUUGAGUUAGUCUGUCCAUAUACGGUGGGCAAGAUACCGUCCUAGCCCCACGUUAUACCGGCGUAUUCUGAAUUUAAAUAUUAAGUAAAUGGCGAGAUUUCGAAUUAAGAAAUAUCUGCAGAUGUGUUUUCAUGGCGGUUAUCAUAGAAUUUCAAAGUAUUAAAAUGUAUUUUUCUUCUAUCAGAAAUGUUAAGAUCAUAUUUUCUUAAGUUAUCUAA